AUGUACACCUUCCUGUCGAAAGUGGAUCGCUUUGCCUUCGUGGCCUUCGUCCGUGCCUGCGCACAGAGCGGCGAGCUCCAACGUGCAGACGACUGGACUAUGAAGCUUCUGAAGAUUGCCCAGAACAGCACACAGGAGACCAGCCCAUCGAAGUGGAAAGAGGCAGAGGAUCGGCUCAUGGCGUUGGUCGUCGCGCGUGUAGCCUGGAGCCCCGCAGCAGAGCUGGGAGGAGCCCGCGAAUGGCUCCAGCGAUUGCGGGGAGCAAGCAUCCAGCCGAGCCGGCCGGUUUACGGCCGUCUGCUCCAGCGUUACGCGGAGGCCGACAAAACCGCUGAGUUUGAGAAGCUUCUCUACGAGAUGCGAUCAGCCCGGGUUAGGCCUGAAACCGAAGCCUUCAAUUACAUGAUCAAGACUCAAGCUGCUUUGGCCAGUAGAUCAGCGCCGAGCCAGCACGGCGGCAGACUGGGUGAGAAGGAUGGCAGAGUUCAGGUCUGCGCCAGAUGUUGGAACCUAUCGCAUGCUGAUCGCGUCGUCCGCGCAGACGAGCGACGCCAGCGAGGCGGAGGGAUGGCUGGUGAAGAUGUACCAGUCGCGCUUGCACGUGCCCGAAAGCAGCGUCACCGCGUUGGUGGACAGAUAUUCCGAAGACCGGAGACCUGCCGCCGCAGAAGCCACCUUCCGUCGUGCGCAGGCGCGGGGCGUCGAGGUCGGCUUGGCCGCAAGCGCCGCCGUGCUGCGGGGCUACGUCCGCGCGGGCAAGGCCGAAAAAGCCGAACAGUGGCUCUCCCAGGUGAAGGCCCUCGCCCCCGCCAUGCCUUUACUCGUGCGGAAGGCCGGCAACACCGCAAUAUACCGCUCCAUGUAUGGCCUGCUGAUCCGAAGCGCCGCGUCCUCUGGAGACACGCAGAAGGCUGA